AUGUCCACAUUUGAAUUCCCCCUGUUGUGCACUCUCCUCUUGCUAUCUCCUCUGUAUUCAAAUGCUGCUGCUCCCUUAGUUUCAAAAGCCAAUAACAAAAGUAAUGCACUUGUUAACAAAGCUUGCUCAGGGGGAACAGACAAACCGGCAUGCAUAAACUACCUCAAAAGCAAUCCAAAGUUAAUGGCAGCUGCAGCAACAUCAAAACCCUUGGAAUUUGCACUUGCCAUUCUUCAGUCAGCAGUAGACCAAGCCAAAAAUACACAUGCAUAUCUGUCCAAACCCAAAGGGAAGCUCAGCCCACAAGCUAUUCAGGCUUAUAAUGAUUGCAAAACCAAUUGGGACUAUGUGGCUAGUGGAUUGGAAAGGAGUCUCAAGAUUAUUAAAGAAGAAAAAGGCUAUGCUACUGAUACAACAGAUUAUGAUCUUAAGAUGAAUCUUAACAGUGGCAGAGAUUGUGCAACUUUGUUACUGGAGGCAAAAAUUCAAGAUCCAGUAGUAGCAAAAGGGCUAGAAAAUGCGGAGCUGGCUGUAGGAGCUGCCGACACCAUUCUUGAAGGGGUAAAGCCUCCCAAAAAGCUGGACUAG